CUUUAUUUCAUAGUUAUUCUCUUGUAACUAAAUUAAGACGUUUUUCUCGAUACAAAUUAAAAAAUUAUUCUACCAUGUUGAAACCUACCACACUUAUAAUUGAACAAGUUAAUGUCAACGAAAACGAUGAAGAAAAGAUACAAUAUGAUAUUCAAUUAGGAAACAAGACAUUUAAUGAAUUUAUUCUUUCUUAUCCAAGCGGGGCUUAUACAGGAAUGCGUACAGUGCACAGAGAUGCGAUUGUGGAGCUAAAUACACACAUGAAACGAAUGACAAAAGCACUUGCAAAUAUAAAAUUUGAAGGAAAUACAGUUGAGGAGACCCAUGAAGCUAGUGAAUCCCUGGCAUCUCUUAGAGAUCCUAUUCAAUUUGAGAACAAGUUGAUUCCUUUAUUAAGAAAAGGGUUAAAAACAUUCUAUAAACAAGUGGACCCAACAUCCAAUAGUGAACAUCCUUUAGAAGCCAAAGUAUCUUUAAUGGCAACCUAUUCAUUCCAGACACACAAAGCUUAUUUUGCUGCCCAUUUUGUAUCUCUACCUUCAUUACCACCUCAAAUGCGUAUCAAAGUUGAAAUAGAGCAAAGGAUGCGAAAUUCGCCUGAAAUAAAGAAUUCUCAAUGGGUGAGAGAUAGACAAGAAUCAGAAAGGAAUAAAGCUAAAGAUGUAAAUGAAGUCGUUUUAAUUGAUGAUAAAGGACACAUAUAUGAAGGAAUGGCAUCCAACUUUUUAGCAGUCAUUGAUAAGGCUGUUUACUGUGCAUCAUUAGAUCAUAUUCUUUUAGGAUCUAUUCUAAAAAUUGUUAUUGAUGUUUGUGAAAAGAAUCAGAUCCCAAUUAAAUGGGAUUUCCCUAAACUUCAAGAUGCUAAAGAAGGGAAAUGGGAAGGAUGUUUUCUUACAAGUACUUCACGAUUAUUAUUACCAAUAGAAACCAUUUAUUUUCAACAUGAAAGUAUUGAAUUUAAAGAACCUUCAUCUUUAAUAGAAUUCUUGAGAAAAGAAGUAGCAAAAGAGAUUUAUAAUAAUGCAUAUAAAAUAUUGUAAUCCUUCUUUAUUCGUUUGUUGUGACGUUUUUUUUUCAUGAUUCAACAUCUUUAUUUAUAGUGUGUAUAUAUCACAAAUUCAGUGUAACUUUUUUUACAAAUAAU